AGGACUCAGAGGGGAAGGUGGCAUCCUGCGAAAAUGUCGGCCGACGUGCGUUUGUCGCCGCUCUUGCUGUCCAGCAUUAAUUCCAUUAAUAAUGGACUGUCAUCGCAAGCAAGGCUAUGUGGCGCAUUAGUUAAGGGGACGACAACGGUGCAACAGUGUCUUUAACUUGUAGUAUAUCAUAUUUCUGAUGCGUAGUUUAUGCCCUGACUUUCAACAGAAAGAGUGCACGUCAUGUUUGCCGAUUGUGGUGUUUGGCAAAAGAAGAAGUGACUGGUAUGUGAAAUAGUGAAUGUGAGCCAAAGCGAAAAAAAUUGAAUAUGUCAGCAGAAGAAGUGUAUACUGUUCCUUACGAUAGAAUCCAUAGAAGAAGUGGACACGUCGCCGUAGUCUACAAAAAUUACGUUGUAGUAUGGGGAGGUUACACGGAACAUGUUCAGAGAACAUCGACUUCACAAAUUCGGACUGAAUAUUUUCCAACAGAUGAAAUAUGGAUUUAUGACAGCAAUACAGAACUUUGGGACCGGGAAGUAACAACAGGUGAACAUCCACCUCGGAACUCUGGUGCCUGCGGUGUGAUAUUGAAGCAACAUUUGUAUGUUUUUGGAGGUUUUGCAUUGCUUGCAGGGUACACAACUGACACCACUGAUGACCGUAACAACAACACGAACGGCCUGUACCGGCUGGACCUCACAUCCCUCACCUGGGAGCAGCUGCAUCCGAGUGGGAAACCAGAGCCUGCGGCCUGUGACAAGCUCGUUGGCUGGGAGUACGAAGGCAGGCUGUACUUUUUCGGCGGCUUCGGCCCCCCACCCAGCUACGACCCGCCCUUCAAGCACGUCAUAGAUCCGUCGACGAGUUCACUCUACGAGCGAGGGUGGAGCAACCAACUGGUCUGCUACUGCCCAGAGACAGAUUCAUGGUCGUGGCCAAAGACGCACGGCCGUUGCCCCGAACCACGUGCGGCGCAUGCUGCCGAUCGCACGGGAUCGCGCUUGUACCUGUUUGGUGGGCGGUACAGGGGCAGACGAAUGUCUGACCUCCACUGCCUUGACCUGGACACCAUGACUUGGAGUGGAGAUCUGAACAAUAGCCUCCAGUGCGCAAAACCUUGUGGCCGAUCAUGGCACAGUCUAACAUUCAUCUCUCCACAAAGGGCUAUCUUGUACGGGGGUCUGAACCAAAUGAACACUAUUCUGAACGAUUGCUGGGUGCUGGAGGUGCCGGAUAUCGCAUGGUCAGAGCUGAAGGACAUACCCUCGAUCCACAAAAGGAAGCCACGGCUCUGGCACAAGGCCCCACUGGUCCCAACUGGCGAAAUUGUCGUCAUAGGCGGCUAUGCCAAAAAUAUCUUUGGCACCGACGAAAUGUUUGCUGGGAAGGAUCAUGCGGAAGAGCUGAUACUUCUGAACUUCACACCUAAGUCUUUGCGCAGGUUAUGUGUAGACUUUGUACUUUCACUAGUGGACGAUCCUCGAAUCAAAUCAGAGCUAGACACUCUGCCACGCUCCCUGCGUGAGCUCUUGAGGCGACGCCUCGAGCAAGACCAGGUCGAGCGGAGGGCGCGCAGCAUAUACUAUGAGGGCGGGGACGACUUUUCCACAACGCCGACUGUCAACUGUGGCUGCGGAUGAUAAGAUCUCUGCAUGAUUGUUACCUCAUACUCCAUGUGACUUGAUAUUUCUGACUCAUUGUUGCUCAUUACAACACUGUGUCCAGUUUUUUUUGUACUUACCCCCAAGUAUCAUUAAACAUUGUUUUACACAUCUGAUCUCGGCAUUCGUACAACUAAGUCUUUACCAUAUAUGAUAUCUAACUUCCUUCUUUCUCCAAAAAAGGAGACAAAUUACACCAGUUCCUAUUUAUAAGAAAAUUAUUAUCCCUCCAUUGAUGCAUGACACUGUUACAGCCUGUACCUUCAGUUUCAUUGCAUGCACAUAAUGUGUCCAUCUCAUGUCAUGUAGAAAUGAAAUACUGCAUUAGAAUUUCAGAAUGCUGUGAUGUUGAUGUUUAUGUCCUGUUCCUUGCGCUAUGUAAUGGGCAUUAUUCCUUUCACACUGCAGUGGUUUUGUUCCCCACUAAAUAGCCAAAAAGUUAAGUUUAUUUAGUAGUGUACUAUGUUUAAAAUCCCUUUUGUGUGAAACUAUUAGUUGUUACUACCCUGGUGUUCACACUCCUUUGCACAGUUGAAUCUUUGGUACCGGUCAAUUUUUGGUAGUUACCAUAAGUGGAGGAACUGCUACUAAUGGAUGUACUCCACAAUUCAGUGGUUUCUCAUCAGAUUUGAUUGAUGGGGUCACUUAUUUCAGUAUGAAUAUAUAAGCUGUGGAAUUUUGACAGACUAAUAACUAGUAUUUGGACUGGUCUCUCAGUAACAAGACAUACUGUUUGCUUUGCCCAGUUGAACGGGGUUAGGCAGAUCUUGUAUUCAUUUAUCAUGGCAGUCAUAAAUCGAGGUAUCACUAAAUGGCAGAGAAUGUGCAAUGCCCAGUGAGCACUCAAGCAUCAUCAUCAUUAUCAUCAUUGUCAUCAUCAUCAUCAUCAUCAUCAUCAUCAUCAUCAUCAGACGUUGACAUUUGCAGACUGAAUGGCAAUUGCUUUUUGUGGUUGUCAGUAAUUAGUUUUUGGGGACAUUUGGAACACUUAUUGAAACAGAUGUCCUGGAGCUAGCAAUUAAUAUAAACCCAUGGGUUUGUUACAGAGAAAACUACAUACUGUAAUGUGAUAAAAGUGAAGUAACACAUCCUAGAGUAUGUAUUUAAGCCCAUAGUCCCACUCUGCCUUUUGAGUGAGUUUCAAGGUCAAAUAUGGAGUACAGGAGCAUUGAACAUUGAGGUUUGAGAAGUGGUUCACGAAAACAGUGUAAAAAAAAGAUCCAAGCUAAAUACAGCUCUCAGUAUGAAAAUUAUGAUAGUGUAGCACUCAAUUGGGGUUUAUCUGUUGCUUAAGAAUAUUAGUUGUAAUACUAUUUUCAGUCCAUUGCAUACUUAAUGAAUAUGUAUUUUAUGAACAGUGUCUGGUUGUGACAUCUUUUGCAGUCACAUCGUCAUUAUUUGGAUCAAAAGUGUUUUGUUUGUUUCGAAAGCAUCAUCAAAGUGAACAGUAACAUUUACAAUUUUCCUUAUGCUUGUAAGCUCAUACAUCAAAGUGAGCCUGUAUACUAAUUGAAUAAGAUAAUUCAUUCAGUGCUUUUGGCCAAAUUCAACAUGAGUCAUUUUCAAAUGUACAUGUACAUAUGAUCAUGCAUUUGCUAUUAACAGAUUGUUCAUGAAGUAAGAAAAUGAGAUAAAUGUGCUCACACCUAUUGCUAAACAGUCUGACUGCACGAAAACAUUAUCUUGUAGGUCUACUCGUGUGAUUUGAAAUUGACACUGAUGGAUCAUUACACUGUCCUGCCGUGACUUUGCUUACAAUUUUAUUUAAAAAUAAAAAUAAACCAAAACUUUUGUUAUUCAUAAUGCUGACAUUUAAGUACUCAUGUUCAGCAUGUGAGCUGUUUUUUAUCUUUUUUUAAACAAAAUUAUGGUGGGGGGGGGGGGGGGGGUUUGACAAAAUCUGUAUUUAGUAACAAUUGCCACAUGUUAAUGCAAUAGGAAUAACUUGCAGAAGGUCCAUUUGGAUUUUCAGCAUAUACAAAUAUAAACUGUAGCCUAACUAAGAGCUAGUACGCUAACAAAGUGUAUCUUUCAACUUUCACAUUGACAUAGCCUGCAUUUACGUUAAUAUGUUCACACUCAAACAUUACAGUCUUAUUGCAGUGCCAUUCAGUCCUAGAUUUGAAGUUCUCCAAUCAGUGUGCAGCAUAGUACUAAGUGUGCAAUCUAAACAUUGCUAACUGACUGAAUAUGAGCUCAUAGGGAGAACUGAAUUCAUUGAUGAUGGAUUAUGUGUAUCUGUAAAUUAUGAAUGUAUAGUGCAGCCUGCAAACUGAUACCAAAGAAAGUCAGGGCACUGUGCUGACCUGCCUGUGGUGAAAUCUUAGUAAAUCCUUUCUACAACAAUUACACUGUUUGCACUUAGCUGGAGUAGAUCAUAAGGGUUGUGACGGUUUUGUGAGGAUAAGGCACCUAGUCCAAGCGACUGAUUCUUUUGGUGAGAAUUGGCAACCUUCCUUUUAUUCCAUAGUUUGCUUUUGUUAGGGCCAGUGUUCUCACUCAUCUGCUCGUACUGGUCUCUUUACAAGUGUCGCACAACCUUAUCUCAGUUGCAGUAGCUACAUAACUCUUCCAUUGUUAUUUGUAUAAAAAAGUGCACUUACAUUAUUGUUGUCAUUUUGUAGCUCUUCAUUUUUUUAUUUUUUGUGCUCAUGUCCCCACAUGCAUAGAAAAGAAAUUCAAACCCAUUUAUAUGUAAUGAAAUUUGAUGUGAAAGUCAGAUGUUUGAUACCAGAAUCUACAUAAGAUUUGUGAGUGGCAUUACUAUUCUCUGGAAAAUGAUUGUUAUUCUGAAAGGCAAAAGAAAAGAUAUAGACAAAGAAUUUCCUUACAGUGUGUGUAUUUUCCUACAUUUUAAAAUAUACUGAUUCUUCUUAUUAAAAUAUUGAAUUUUUAUAGUAAGUAAUUUAAUAUUUAUUGCCUAUUGUGAUUUAUCUGUUGCACGUAAGAUUAACCACUUAAUGUGAAACUGGUUUGAAAUUUGAUGCUGUGUACGUACUCCAUGUAAGCAACACUUUAAUGUUGAAAUUGUUCUCUUUGCUGCAAUCAUUGUGUAGUGGGAUUUUACAAGUUGGCUUUGACAGGUCUUUCUUUAAAGUUUUGUUUGUAAUAAAAAAAGUAGUGCUGAAGAAUGACACUAACAUAAGCUCUGCAUACUAUCUGAACCACCAUUCCCCAUGUGGUGGGAAAAUGUAGUUAAAUUUCAAUUUAUAUGACAGUUUUUUCUUUAAAAAAUACUUCACAAGUUUUCACGUUCCAUGUAAACGUUAUAGUAAUCUUCUAAUUACAUAUAAUAGAUACUCAGUGUUUUCACACACAUAGUGUGGGAAUUUGCCAAAAGUACUCUCAUAAACCUAUUUAGGGCUGUAGAAAAUGGUAUCUAGCAAUAAGUUUAAGUAUAUAAUGCAUUGUAACUUUUGUACAAAUUAGUCGUAGAAUUCUCUGACAUCAAUACAUGAUUGCAACUACAAGAAAUAUUUUCUGUGCAAAAAUUAAACAUUGUGUAGAGAAAUCUACUAUGCUACAGUGAGUACGCUAAUACAGUUCUUGUACAGUUUAAAUUGUAUGAGUGUGUGUACAUGCUCUUGUACUUUUUUCGUCUAAGGCUCUGUAAAUGCAAUGCACAGAGAAACUACUGCCAAGAGUAGAGACUAAUAGACGUAGAAGAUAAUGUAGGUAUAUUGCUUCAGUUACUAUAAUACAAAAAUACGCACAUUCUAAAAGUGAGAUAGUUUAUUUACAUAUAGUAGGAUAUUAAAACUGGGCAGCAGUACUGUUCUGUAUGUCCAGUCCGGCUCGAUAGCCUCAAAGGUUUGUAUUAGUUUAGUCGGUCGGUCACGCAGACGCGUGCUGUGUGCUGAAGAACAGAUGAGUAAUCUUCAUGAUUCAUGUAGCACCAGUUCCGAAGAAGAUUGCAAAACACUUUCAUGUCGAUAGCUGUUUGGGUCUUCAGGUCUGGUUUAGGAAAAAGAAAUAUUUAUAUUUACUAACACUGUGUGUGUGUGUGUGUGUGUGUGUGUGUGUGUGUGUGUGUGUGUGUUUACAAUGGAGCUAUAAAAGAGAAUUAGUUACAUUUAAGAAGUUCAGCAGAACCUCAUAUCACACACAAAUGUUACAUAUAAAACAGUGCAAUGAAUACUGCUGUAAAAAAGACAUAAAUAAUGUCACUAAGUACAGCACUGUUUUUGGGCUAGCUUGUUUAUUAUCCAUCCAAUAAAUUUUCUGUCUCAUUCGUUGCAUCUGUGAUCCUUGUAUCCUCCAUAAUAAAUAUGUACUCUUGAGCAAAAUCUUUGGAUCAUUUAUGUAAUGAAAUGCUCAAAGAAAAUGUGUUGUUUCUAGCAUCAGGUGUACAACUUGGCCCACUUGUUGCCAUCUCCUCCAUGAGAUGAUUAAUGAUCUGAACUUUUUGCAUCCAAUGACAAAUCCCCACAAAUGGUGAGUGCCUUUUUCCCCUUUCUACAAGUGUAUUAGAAAAUAUUUUGUUGAUUGCUCUUGUGUUGUAAUAUAAUAUUUAUUUAUUUGGGGCAGGGGAGGGGUAGUUUAAGACAAAAAAUUGCACCACACAGAAAGCUGUAAAAAGAAGUUUGGAAAAGAUUCAUCUGGUAACUAAAUGGAACUGUCUCAGUGCACCCAUAGGAAAAUUUGGGUGCAUCAUAUCUAUACGAUAAUAGCGUGAAUGUGCAGCUUCUUGUGAAGUGUGGUAUAUUGUCUUCAGGGACGAGAAAGUUGAUAUAUAACACAGGCAGCAGUCAAGACAUCUAAUGCAUUUAUAUCAAGAGGCAAAAAACCAUCCCCUACUUGUGGGGAAUUAUCAUUGAGCACCAGAAGAUGAACAGUAUGACUGGUGGAUAUGGUGACAAGUGAAUAGUGCUAUGCAUCUGUGCCGGAAGCGAAACCUUUCUUGGAGCAAUUUGUCACACAUUUCCACUUACAUGAAGAUAGGAAUAGGGGGAUGGAGUUAAAUGGAGCACAUGGACUACCAGAGAUUGUGGUCGGAGGGGUUGUGGAAAUGAAGAUAUGUCAGAUGGAGUGUUCCCACCUGCAGUAGGAGAUUCAGUUGUCACAGGUUAUGAUAUAACCUUUAAAUUCAGCCACUUUAUGCUGAGUAGUCUGUUCCACUGUCGAUCACAUUCACUGGAUGCCAGAGAAAGGUGAUUUAUAGUAUGUAUUACACAAAUUCUGAGGACUUGUGCAUAUCUGGAGGGGUCAGUGGAAGAAACCACUUCAGCCAGCUGUAUUCUUUUUGUCUUUCUUAGUUAAUGUCUAAAUGGUGUAUUAGAAUAAUUGUAUCCAUUACUAUGCAAACUUUUACCUUUGCAUCCUUCCUUGUCUCAUCGCCCAUUGUACCAUACAAUUUGAAACUUGUUUAAUUUAUUAAGGACUUUUCUUAAAAAAGUCUAGUGCCUCAGUCUUACAGCUGAAAUUGUAACACUUGUUCUUUUAGUUGUUCACUGGUACUAUUUUGGAAUUUUUUCUGUAGAAGUCCAUUACUUUAUUCUUCACUGAAAUUUUUAGAAGAUAUACUUUGAUUUAACGAUGUAUUGCAAACUGGAGGUCAUUUUCUGUCUUCUGAAUAAUUUUUUGGUCACCGACAAAGAGCAAAAAGUAUUAACGCAUGUGUGUUCUGGUAUUAAUCUGACAGCUUAUUUACCUAUCUGUUUCCACUGUCUAAUAUAGGAGGUGAAAGGCUACACACUUGUCACACACAUUUAUCGGUCUUGUCUUCUCUUUCCCUGUAUUUGUCAGUGUUUUCAUGUUCUGAUACAAACAGUUUCUUACUUAUAUUAAAUGUCUGUGAGAUAUCCAUGUUUUUCCACGAUGUUCGUAAGCUUGUUUCUGUUGUCUACAGGAACAUUAAACUGUAAUCUUCCUUCCUCUUAAAAGGCUGCAAAAAAUCCUUAGCUGUGUAUCUCUUUCUUACUGUGUAGAUUUAAACCUGAAAAUACAGCCACAGUAAUAGAAAACACUGAAUAAUUUAAUUCUUCUACUCGUGUUUCUUGAGAAGGCUAUCUGAUUUAGCAAAGAAAAUUUAUUGGGUGUGUAGCGUAAGGGAAUUUCAUGCUAAAAUCCAAUAGGAAUGGGCUUGGGAUUGUAAUUUCACCUAAAUGUAACACUGUAAAGUGAAAUGAGGGUUAACUGCUUUUUGUUUAUGUUACGAACUGUUUGGAGAGGUCUGCUGACCAUCCUACAUAACACUCCACCAGAGCGAUAGAAUUACUGCCCCACAUGUGAAAGAGUGGAGAAGCACAAUAAAAUAAUAAGUGUCAUAUAUUGUACUUCAGGUUUUACCAAUUAUUGCAAGCUAGGUAGCAGCUUUUCUGGUAGAAUAAGUGUUGUGAAAAUUUGCAUUGUAGUAUUGCUUGAUGGGGAUUUGGGAACAAGUAGAUUUAGAAGAAGAAAAAAAAAAGCUGCUUCUGCCAUGAAGUGGCGGUUGCAUAGGCUGAGGCAGUUGAAUCUCAGUAGAACGGCAGGUUCCUGCUCUGUGGUAUAAACUCGAGGUAAAUUUUCACGUCCGGUGCGUUUAAGGUAUUUACAAGACCUACUAACUUCUAUAGCCUCACCUCCCCAUUACUAUUGAAGAAGUUUUAAAAAUUCAAUAAAGUAUUCCUUGUUACCAUAUUGACUUUCCAGUUUUCAGAUGAGUUUUCAUGACAUAUAAUGCUGUAACAAGUUUUAAUACCUUCCCACUAUUCCUACAGUAAUUUACUCAUAUAGGAUAAUCCUCUUUUGUCUUCUGUCCUCAACUAGAAAAAAAAAAAAAAAAUCCACACUAAACACUAUCUCUGAAAUCAAGCAAAGAACUGAACUUCACUAACUAUAUCUCACUGCCGUUAGAACUGCCCUUCCCACGAUGUCACUAUUUCGUACAGCUGCUUAAUAAUUUUAUUUUACUAUCGUCAGUCGUUAAUUUUUAACUGCUGUUCAGGGUGAUCGUAGCUGUCAGAGAUGUACCCGGCCACAAUAAAGACUAAAGUGAGCCUUUAAGAAUGAUUUUCUUGUUUUUUAAAUAAAUGUUAUAGACUCUAAUAGAUUUAUUUGUACUUUGUUUGUAUGGAGUGUCAGUGUAAUAUUUUAUGAGACUCACUGUUUCAACUUUGUGCAUGUCUGUAGUUUGUAUUAGGAGUGUGGUGUGUGUGUCUCAGCAUAUUGUGGGACAGUCAUGUUGCAAUAGGUGUCUCUCAGUAGACCUCACCUCAAGUAGGUGAAGUAAGUUGCUGAAUCUUGCAGCUUCAAAGCCUUCUGGGUGAGUGUUAGUUUAAUGUUGUAAACUUGCAUAAUAGUUGAGAAUUUGAUACAGCAGAUAUAUUUUGUCUCUCUCUCUCUCUCUCUCUCUCUCUCUCUCUCUCUCUCUCUCUCUCUCUCUCUCUGUAAAUAUGUACAUAAUUGUAUCAAAAUGAAAAUUCUUGUGAGAAAACUGUAAAAUGACAGACAGAAUGGCUACUUACCUUCAGGAGGAGGAAGUCCAGUGCUACCUGUAGACUCAUUUGAAAGCAGAAAAAAACUCUUCCUAGCUUUUGGGACAUAAAGAAGGGGGAGCAGGUCACCUCCAUCUCUUCCUCUAUUAAAUAAAGAUAGAAAUAGGGAAACUUCCUGCCAUUACACCUUACUACAUCUAAGUGUGAUAACACUGUAAGUUGUCCUGUAUGUGAAGUUGCAUUUGUAGGGCUGCAUCGGGUAAACUACAAGAGUAAAACCUAUCAGUCUGCCAUGGUUCACUGAUAGUUUGAAAACUGGCAUGCUCAGCUCGUAUAUUCUAAAAUGGUCUUGUUGCCCCCAUUGGAAUUCUACUAUGUGGGUCCUGGCUUCUAAAAUCGUGAGUUUUAAAAGUGAAAUUCAAUGUGGCUUUUGGGAUUGCUAUUAUUAUAUUUACUUUAACAAAAAAGGAAUGACACCUUAUUUAUUUGUUCAGUUGAAAUAAGGAGAUGGCUAUAUCUGGCAAUUCGAAAAUAUCGCUUCUACACAAGAGCCGGUCCAAAUCCAUAAAUCGAUAUAGUGACUGCAUCACAAAUACUAGACGUAAUUUCACUAGCUUUUCAUCUGUGUGUUUUCUUAUCAAAUUGCCCAACGCAAGCAUGCUGCUUAUUUCUGUUUCACGUACAGAAACAUAACUGGUUCAUUUGAUUACAAAUUUCACAUUCACAUUGCCAAUCACUGAGCUAGACCAUUGACAUGUUCACAUCACUAUACACUGGGCUAGACUCAGUGGAUUCGUGUUCACAUCACGGGGUCCUAUUGGUGACUCCUAACUGUUCUCUACCUGCCAGUGAGGGCUUAUUUUCGUGAUCGCCCUGCGACCUUUACCAAUAUUUCUUAUCGUAAUUUCAUAUUUGCUAUCUUUUGCACGCUAACUUUCAAUAAAUAAAAUUGCAGUUAUAGAGCAUCAGUAUGACUAAAGACUACAGCAUGGUUAGGUUGGUUUUUAAUCAGUCAAGCGUUACAUAAUAUUCCUAGAAGGCUGUGAGUUUGAAUCGACCAGGUGCUUUGAAAUUUUUUGUUUAUGAGUCUAUCAAAUUUACUUCGAUCAUUUUUUCUAUUCAGUUGACUGGUUUAAAUAUAAGAUUUAAUUUUUAAUCCCUUGUCACAUCUAUGAAUCGCCGUGUUGACUUCUUUAUUUGCUCCAAUUUUUUAAAUUUAUUUUUUUAUUUGGCGUCUUUGUGCAAGUGAUUUUAAUAUUUUUAUUUAUCUAUUACUCUAAUUAAACAGUUGAAAAUGCAAAUGUCAGUUAAAAAGUGAAAGAUGAAAUAAUGUGACUGUGCAGUUGUGUCAGAAAUGUAAUUUUUGUUAAAAGAUGUACUUUUUUUACUGUAAUCACUGUACAAACAUUUAAAAUAUCAAUUCUUAUUACCCUGUCGACAAACUAACGAAGCUGAAGGUUUAAACAAAGGAAGGGAUUAUAAGUAAAACUUAACUUGAGCAAAAUGAGGAAUAGAAACCAUGAAUGCAAUAAAGUGGAUGAAAAUAAAAAAAAUGAUGAGGCAUUAAACUGAAGCUAAUACAUAAAAAGUAGUUAAAACACAUGAACAUAGAUUCCAAAUGAAAAGAAAUGAUAUGACAGUAAAAUGAGAGCAAAUGAAAAAGUUAAUACUAUGAUUAAAAUGACACAAUAAAGGAUUAUAAGUAAAGAAAUACAUUUAAACCACUUAAUUUAAUAAAAAUAAUCAUAAAAAAGUAUUUCAGUAAAUAUGUAAAAAUAAAAAUUUUAAAGCACCUGACAGGAUUUGAUCUCAAACUUCAUCUUGUCAGGAAGUAUGCUAACCACUACCUUAGGCUGCCACUCCGCAUAACAUUAUUUUUAAGACGGUAGAGAAUCACAAGCAACUCUUUUUCAUCAAUUACACGCAAAUGAGGACCCACUUCGAUGAAUGGCUGCAGAGUGUGAUAAGUAGGACCCUAACAUACACCACCUGUAGACGGUUUGACAAAGUUGAUCCCACCCCUGGAGACUUCCCCUCGUGAGAAACCUCACCCUUCUUGUGAAACCUUUCUUGAGCCAUACCUUUCCUCCCUGAGAAGAAACUAGCUUUCCCGAAAUAGUUUUUACAUUUCAAGUGUGUGUAUCAAAGUAUUUGAACUUCCCCUCUUGGAGGUAAAAACUACCCAACCAUUCUGCCUCAUUGUAAAUUUGUACAUAAUUCCUUUUUGCAAUGUAUCUGUAUCUACAGAUUAAUGACUUGCAGCACACAAGCGGGCAGUUGCAAGAGGUAGCCACCAAGUGAUACAUGUUCAGAGCUUCCCUUGCCAGGAAUUUCUCUCAAGGAAUGAAUUUAUUUUUAUAAAACUGUGAUUGCACUGUUGUGAUAUUUAAUAGCAAAUAACCGUAUCUUUAGGAUUUGUGCAUCCUGUUAGUUAAGGUUUUUUGGUAACCCUGUCGACAAUGGGAGGCAGCCGAGCACUGUGAAUAAAGUAGUGGUAGGAAAUGAAUGUGCAGUCACCUCUUGAGAUGUGACUAGAUUUCAUACAUCAGUCAUACAAAUGCUUUUUUGCUUUGAAAGUAUAAUUUUUGGUGGGUGAUACAGGUUUGCAAAAGUGCAAAGCAAGUCCUAUUGUGAAAAUCCAUCUUCUCUCUGUUCAGAGUAACCAGCAAGUGCUGUUAGUGUUAUUUGCUUGUCGGACAUUAAGGAGACAAAUUGUUCGCAGCUAAUAUUAUUUUCCGAUCUUUCAGUUAGUAUAUCUGUGUGUUGCACGUUGAAGAAGAACAGUGAUAAGUAUGAAGUUUUGUCAUAAAGCAGUCAAAUUGUGGUGCUUCAUUUACUUAAAUUUGAUGUACUUGUCAGUGAUGUUUAUGUAGGAGAAAUAUGUCUGAACCAUUUGACAGUAGAUGGUGUACCACAGAUAUUGAACCAGUAGAAAUUUUUUCUUCUUAUUUUACAGUAUACUACAAGUCUUUUGGGAGGCAACUAAUUCAAAUUUGCGAUGUGCAGCCCCCCCCCCCCCCCCGAAGACCCUGUGCACUACGUGGCAGAGGGUAUUUUGUAUCAACAUUAAAUUAUAUUACAUCGUAUUCCAUUCACAUAUUGAAAAAACAAAAAAUGACUGCCUCUGAAUGUGCCAUAAUCUGUCUUAUUUUUAUCAUCCUGGUCCAUACACAGAAGGAACUGUAGAAUUGUUACAUAGCAUGGCUGAAACACUGGUUCUCUAUAUUAGCUUAUUGGUUUCUGGACAAUGUUGCCUCAGGGCAAAUGAAAAAUGGAACAUUAAGGAUUUUUUCUGGUGGAUGCCAUUAAAGUGUUUUAAUUGUUGGAUGGAGUCUCAAAUUGUUUUGCAUAAGGUUAUCAAAUGUUUGAUAUCAUUCACUCACCCUGUCAACGAACUUGCCUAUUCCUUGCUGUUUGAAAUCAGUUUCUUGUUUUAAACUAAUGUCUUCCUUAAGUUCAUAAAAUUUUCAGCAGUGGACUCAUACAAGUUUAAAAGCCUUGGUGUAAUGUAAUAAAAACAAUGUUGUAACUGUUAAAACUCUUCUAUUGCUUUCUUGAUUCAGAAAUGUAGAUUAAUAUCCAGUAAAGGACUGAACCCAAUCAUCCAAAAUGGCACAUGGUGACAAAACCAUCACUGUUUUGUGUGUCGAGUUGUCCUUCGAGAGGAAAAACACAAGUUUUAGGGUCCUCUAUAAAUAUUAAUCUCCUCUCUAGGAGAGAAAUACAGAGAUUUCCUGGAUGUCCUGCAGCACAAAUAGCACCUCUGUGCAUUCGGGCACACAUUCGAACAGUCUCUAUCCUUUGAUUUGCACAUUAUUAACUGACACCAAUAAUAUUUUAGAAAUCUAUGCUGUGCUCUUUGAUGUGGUGCAAAGGUUUCUGAAAAUAGCUAAUGUAUUUAGGCUUGAUAUUUAACUGGUAAAAUUAGUCUCAUACAUUAUACUGCUUUGCUAUGAAAUAGUAAUAGAAUUCUAGAAUUUUGUAUGUUAAUAUAGUAUCAACCAUGUGGGUUUAGUUUCAUCGUAAUCCACAGAGCAGCAGAUAAAUGUCAUCCAAUGAGUAAAUGUGUAGACUUGAUGCUUCACUUAAAAUAUAUUGAGGGUAGCUUUUGCUAUUUUUGUGACCUUGUUCACACACCCAGCAAGUUAAUUGCAGAAUUACAUACAUGAUACCAACAAGAUUUUAUCAGGUAGGAUUUAUGAGCUCUCUGUAUUCCUAAAUUCCAAUUUAAUUCCACUGAUAAUAUUCUCAUUAAUUCUUUAACACUAAACUCAGCACUUUUGUACUUUCUGCAAAUAUUAGGUUGCAUUUGCCCUUGUGUCUUAGCACUGAUGUCUCUGUCACCUAUUCGAUGGCUUUGGAAGUGAUAAGUAUUUUAAUAAUAUUUUUAAAAUGUUGAUUGUACAUUUGUAAAUGUAUACCCUUCAGCAUGAAGGUGUACGAUUUCUCGUGCAAAGUGGCGCCACAGUUUCACAUUAGUAGUCCUGGAGUGGAUGGAUACAGUUGGGCCCCUCGAGAGGGAUGGCAGGCUCCACGUCUCAGAUCAGACAGUUUGCAUCAUUUCAUCAACAAUGUGAUUAUUUGUGACAUGCUGCUUCAAGAAAUAUUGUUCUUAUCACACUCAUACAUUACUUUUGUAAUUUUAUCAGCUGCUCAUCCUCUCUUGAUGGCAGCUGAUCAUCCAUAUAGCUCAAAUUUUCUCCCUGGGUCCUGUCUACAUUCUGAGAUAGCACUUUGAUGCUCCAUUAGAUCUGCAUUAUUUUCAUCGUCUUGAUGUAGUGGUUGUCAGAUUCAUAGCUGCACAAUUAUUCAAUAUGAAAUCUAUCACUUUACAGAAUCUUUUAAUUUCUUCUCAUGUAGACCUUCACAGUUAUUUACCAAGUGGUACAUGUACUUCCCUUAUUCUCGCAUGCAAAUAAUCUUAAGUGUAUAUCUAAGCUGUCUUAUGAGAUUGUGGAAGACCUCUGAUGGCCUAUUCUCUGUAGGGGCCUACCCACCACUGUACAGGCGUAAGUAGAAUAAGUCUAUUCUUAUUUUAGUACGUAGAAAAAUGUAAAUAGGCAAUUAAAAAUGCGUUCUUGGUCAGUGUUGUGUGGGAUAAUCUUCUGUGCGGUACAUAGGACACACAGUAGUGUACUUUAUGUAUAUUAAUAUAAAUACUCUACAAUGUACAUGUUAUUGAACACCAUAACUAUUUUGACUCAUAGAGUGUUUGAUGUUAUGGUUAUUGACUAACAGCAUUUAUUGUCAGUAAUCUCAUUAAUAUUACAAAUUGCAUCACUGCCAACUUCUUGAAAGCACUUCAAAAUACAACUUGGUUUCUAAAUUGUUAGAUACAUUUGUUCUGACAGGGAACUGACAGCCUUUCUCUUGGGAAAAAUAAUUGAAACUUUUCCAAUAUAGCUUUCUUCAUAGUUUUUGAAUGCUUAUAAAAUUGGUAAUUUAGCAGAUAUUAGAUUUGCUGAACAGUGGCAUUUGAUAUCAGUUGUUUAAUUUAUUAUUUCCACUAAUUCUGUAGCAAUACUUGUAACCAUGUUAGUAAUACAGUGUUAAUCUUUCACUUGCAUAUUUCUGUCAGAUAUAUGAUACAUGAAGAAUUGUGUACUGUCGUAAGGCUUGAGCAAUGAUUUACAAACUAAGCUUUGUGAUUGUGUUACUGUGUAUUUUGUGUAACCAUCCAGCAUUGUCAUAUUUCCUUUUAUUUCCUUCCAGAGCUAACAAAACUGUCAGGUCAAUGGAUCUUCCUGUUUGAAUAUCUCCAAUUAUGUCUUUAUCUAAUACAUUGUUUGUGUGUUUGCCUACACUGUUUAGUUUCUCUUCUAUUUCCCAAGAAUAGGCAAUCCAUUAAAAUAUUAACAUUUCUGUCUUAUUAUGUGUAAUAUAUUGUGUAAGUAAUAUAGGAUCAGGAUCCUAGCAAGAGGAGAGUACUUAACGUAAGCAGAAACUUCUUGCUGUCUGCUUUAACAUUAUUAAGUAAUGAGUCACAGAAAACUUAGUGAUUAUAUUGUCAUACAGAUUUUGUAUAUGGUGUAAUUGACACCUUUGCGUAAGAAAUAUAGGAUCAGGAUCUUAGCAAGAGGAAAGUUCUCGACAUAUGCAGAAACCUCUUGCUGUCCUCUUUAACAUUAGCAGGUAGUGAGUCAUAGAAAAAUUAGUGAUUAUAUUGUCAAACAGAUUUCGUAUAUUUUUUUAAAAUAAAUAAAUAUAAAUAUAUAUAUGUGUGUGUGUGUGUGUGUGUGUGUGUGUGUGUGUGUGUGUGUGUGUGUGUUUACGUGAGCAUGAGUUCAGAGCCAUGCUAAUGUUUUAUUUUUUAAAGUAUGAUUAAGUUUGUAUAUAAUGUCAGAUACGGCAGAAGGUCAGAACAUGCUAAUCAUGUUAUCCAUAAGGAAGUGAAAAAAGCAUCACUCAAAAACGGGUGAAGCUUAAAGCUUCCAGGACAAAGUAGACUGUAAGAUAUGUAGUUUGUGUGUGUUGAAUAGUAGUCAUGCGUGCAAAUCAUAAUAUUAUGUUCAGCAUAUUAUCAGACAAUUAUAAUAUAGGUGAUCAUUGGAAAUUUAAUAGAUACCUCACUAUUAGGACUUAUUUUAGCAAUUCACUUUGUCAACUACAGCAUCUUCUAUGAGGUAGUUUUGCUUACGAGCUCAGUGUCACUCACGAAUAUAAUGUGUAUUUUUACUAAACUGCAGCUUAUUACUUCUUAGCAACAAUGAUAAAUAAGUGUCCAGGUGAACGUUAAAAACUUUGUAGAAAUGAUCUGGGACUUAGCCAAUAUUGGCUGAAGUGCCUUCCAGAUCGUUAGUAAAGCUUCUGUAGGAACAGUGUGUGCUAGUUGAUGUAAGGAUGUGUAUGUGGAAAAGUCAAAUCUUAAUUUUGUUUUGACCUCCUUUACAAUGUCAAAGAACUGUUAGAUGUGUUUGUUUCAUUUGUAUAGUUCCCAGAUUACACGGUCCCAGUUGAUCCAGAGUGUGUAUGAGAAACAUAUAUCAUUUCUGAGUAGUAUAAGCUCUUUGUUUGUCAUUUGUUGGUUGAAUUUCUACUGUAGAGCAAUCACUUGUGUUCAUGUUGUAUUUGUUAUGUCCUUUCCUAAAUAAUUCUAACAAUACAGCAAAGACAGGAAGAGCAUCUAGUGUAUGAACUCCACAGUGAUGACACACACUGUGAACAGAAAAACGAACUAUAAGUAGGAGUAUUAUUAAAGACUCAGAAAUUGAUAAAAUAUCAGGGGAUUGUUGUGCUCCCUGUAUGUAGUUGAUCCAUGUAAAAUCAUAUGCAGAACAUCAGCUUCUAGUAACUUCCACCCCUAUUAUAGUCACGGUUAAAACUUAUUGCCAGCACUCUGAUGAUAUUUUCUAUAUAGAAAGUACACUGAAAAACUGCAGCGAAUUGCAGAGAGUACUUUGAGAAAUAAGUUUAGACCGUGGACACGUCUGUAAAUGCCACUUCCUGCUGCAGAGCAUUGGAAAUGUGAUGAUUUAUGCUUCCUACUGUACCUUCCGAGCAGCACUUGGUAGACCACACCUCUACAUUGGCAACAGUAGCAGUCAUGUUAGAUGUUCAAGAAAUACCAGAUUUGAAGUGUUUUUUUUAAUGUAAAAGGAGAAAAAAAGACAUGGGCAGAAAUCACAAAAUAGGUUAGAGGAAGAAGGCACAAAUAUCCAAGGUAAUACUGGAAAGUAGAACAGAACUACAAAAGGUGUUGGUUGGCAAAUGGUUGCCUCCAAGACAUGAGAGAAGCGCGUGCCACCGAUUAUGGCACUCACUCCGAGAAGCGUAGUGCAUUGCGAACAUCUUCGCAGACUUCCUGUAUUGUGCCAAGUAAGUCUUUGUUUGACUCCGUGGGAGUAUUUUAAACCACGCACUCCAAUUAGACCUAGAAAAAGCAGCCCAUUAGGUUUAUCACAGAUUAUUGUGGUGUUCCCCAUACGUCUGAUGCCCCCAUACCAUUUUUUGUCGAGGUUCCUGGGCAUGGUUUCCUUUGUUCAGUUUGUUCCUCUGGGCUUGCUCUAUAGUUCCUUGUGGUUUUUCAGUGUCAUUUCUAAGCAGACUCUGCAUAGGGAGGAACUGUGGCAACAGUAGCACCCCCCCCCCCCCCCCCCCCCCCCCACACACACACACACACUUACAUUUUUACAUUGACAUGGACCCUACCCUCCCCUCAUAUAUGUUAUAGUUCCUGCAUCCUUUAAAACUUAUUUAUUCAGAAUAACUUGCUACUCAGUAUACAGUGCCCUCUCCAUGCAGUUGCGAUCUUCGGCAUGGUUUGAUAUAACUCUUAACCUCUGCAUAACUACUGCAACUUACAUCCGUUUGAACCUACUUAGUGUACUCAAACUUUGGUUCAUUCCAUCACCAAAUUGACUGUUGUUUGAUGCCUCAGAAUGCAACCUACCAGGCUGUCCCUUCUUUUAGUCAAGUUGUGCCAUAAAGCUCACUUCUCUUACAUUCAUUUCAAUACCUCUUUAUUUUCUAUCCAAUCUACUCUUAUAAUUUUCACCAUUCCUUUAUAACAAGUAUUUUCAACAUCUGCCAUUCUCUUUUUGUCUGUACUCUGUUUCUUUCCCAUUCGAGUCCUUUGCUGUCAUAACUGCUGUCUGGUUUCUGUACAAGUUGUAAAUGACCUGUCACUCCACGUAUUUAAUCACGUUAACCUCUUAAAUUCCCAAGAAUCGAUAAAAUAUCCUUGGUUUUUGUAUUUGUCACAAAUUUGAUUUUCCACUGCUUCUUUUUCUACUUAGUCUCAUUGUGAACUGGUUUGAACUCGUGAUUUCUCUGUUGUUGGAGGGAGUGCUACCUGUUCACUGCUCAUAUGAUUUCUGUAUGCCUUCGAAUGUCCAGGCCCACUGUGCUUCAAUCUGGAAGUUUACCUCACUUUCCUGUGUAUAGAGAACACCAUCACAACACCUGCAUAUGAUUACAUGGACAGAAAUAAUUGAAAACUUGGGUUUUUAUUCCAGAUUUGGCACAACUUCACCACAUAUCAGACUUUCCCACAAAAAUGUCUAAAUGCUUUUUUUUUUUUUUUUUUUUUUUUUUUUUUUUUUUUUUUUUUUUUUUUUUUUUUACCGUGUGUGUGCUGCUUGUGUUAUCCUGGACCAGUUUUCCACAUUGGUCAUUACUUUUCAUUUUUGUUCACUCUUUUUUGAACUGUGCUCUUGGGUUGUUGCCUGUUAUCAUUAUCCAUGGAGAUUUUGGUUGUGUCCUGUUCUGCUACUGUAUUGUUGCCUACAGACAACCUCAAAUCCUUAGUUAAUCAGAAAUUUUGUGGUAAACGUUUAGUUUGAGUUUAUUAUGUAACGGUUUUUGGAAGGAGAAAUUAAUGUUGUCACUUUUUAGCUGUCAUAUUCUGAAAUUCUGGAUUUCCAAAUAUUGAAAGUGGCAGUAGUUUUGUAAAAUAUUUAUUAGAUUAAGUCAAAUACUGUUUUGUAUAUUAUGUCCCUUGUAAGAAAUACAUAACACAUGUAUAGCUUUCAGUGUUUUCAAGGAUGUAUGUGUUUCACAGUUUGUAGAGAUGAAGAGAGGGGAUUUUUUUCUCUUGCAAGUGCAUGAAAGUACACCACUUUCUUGAAACACAGUAAAACUGUACGGAUAGAAGGUAUUGCUGUAAAUAAUACGUGUUUUAUAUUCAGACUGUUUGAGAACAUUUUUCCACACAAGCAGCUUAUCAUUUGGAACCCUCUGUUUCCAUUGUACACUUUCACGCAUGUCAGUUUUCAUCACUUUUGUGAUACUCAUUGUAUACAAAUCUUGCACUCGCCCCUCACAGCUUGGUGUCUCAAGCAGCUGUUGCUAAUUGUGUUACAUUCUGUAUAGAAAUCUUACAGUUAUGGUGCCCUUCUCAGCUUGGUGUCCCCAGUGACAGCUUGUCAGUAAGAACUCCAAUAUUUGUUAAUUGCAUCAUAUCCUUUCUAGAAGUACUUGCAAUAGUUCAAAACAAAACAAAGCAAUCUGUGAGUCAGUAUAUUUCAGGCAUGCACUACUCACAUACAAAUUUGUUAACACUUUUAAAAGAACAUUGAGUAAUAUGACAAGUAAUUCAGCACUUUCAGUGUAAAUUUGUAUACUGAUGUGUAAAUUUUCUGCUUCUCCAAAUCAUUCCAUCUGGUGGCUGUAACAGUAUGUUUGAAAAGUAAAUGUCUCUAAAAGAGACACACAAAAAUGCAUAACGUGACCAAUUUUUUAACAUAACUCCACAUCCUGAAGAACCAACAGCUGUAACCAACUGCUGUAACAGACUGUAACUUGCUGCCAUAAGCAGUCACCCCCCCCUUUUUUUUCAGGCGCAUUAUUUACUGCAAUAAAUUAUUUGAUAUUUAAUGACAUUAUUGUUUUAUCAACCAAAAUAUAUUCUUAUGUUUACACAGUGCCUGUUCCAAAAGCAACUAGAAAUGUUCUGAAACAUCAGUGUAUCAAAAUCAAGUUCAAGUGUACACAAUACUUUCCUUAGUAAUCCCCAAGGAAUUUCCACAGUGCCGGAAAUCACUUGUGGAGAGAAUGUUUAAGACCAUUGCCACAGACAAACAUUUAAAUAUUCUUUACAACCAUAGACUCAGUAACUUUUGCUGUAUUCUAGCUAAGAAAGUCAGUGCACAUGCUCUUUACACCUUUUUGUCAAACUGAAGCUGCACUAUGCCACUCGGAAUUAUCUUUUUGUUUAUGUGUUUCUCCUCAAUACCCCAAUUUCAUUACCGAUUGUCAAACAUGCAUCAGGCAGCCUUUUAGUCUGCACAAAAUUGAGAUGCAAAAAUUGUUCUGCUUGUCAGUCAUAAUUUAAAGAACAUAUUUCACAGAAAUUUUUCUUGCAUGCAAAUUCUCAAAAGUAAUGUGAUACAUUUUAGACUCCCCAACAAUAUCAGCAAUCAUACUGUCACUGAAAUCUCGAUCUGUCACUGAUACUUCUUUCAUGGAUCGCAUAUUUUGGUCCAGUUUAGGAGCUGAGAGGUGUUCAUCUUUGAGAUAUUCUUAUCUACCCUAGAAUCCAUUAUACCUUGUCAACCUAAAUUUGACCAAACUUAUCACUGUGUUAACUUGCCACAACAUUUUCAUUGUUGCAUGAGGCCACUGACUGGGAACUGGCCGAAGUCCUACGCCAUCAUCCUUCACACCACCACCAUCACCACCACCACCACCACACCUCCUUUCAUUCUCCUGGAGACAGAAAAUAAAUAAAUAAAUCCUGUAACUUUUGGGACAGACUCUGUAAACACCAAUGUUACUUUUACAACUUGGAAAACACACAUAAUGCCAAGUGAACUUUUUUGUAUGAAAUGUAAUUAAGACACAAUUAUUGUAACUUCACAUUUCUUGGUUUCACUUAUACCUAACCUCUAACUGUUCCAUAAAUAUAAAUUUGGAAAGAUAUACUGCCAUGUAGUUUGAAAAGGGGUGCAUUUGUGUGAAUGAAGCGUACAUCUGCAUUUAAUGAAUUGUACUAAAAUUUCUUUAUAGUUGUAAAUAAUUCAUUACAUUUUAAACAGCCCUAUUCUUUGGUGUUAUUAUUGUACUUGCCACUUAUCCAGUUCAUUUACUGUACUUUGUGUUCACAAAAUCUUUAUGCAACUAGAGUAUGCCUUAAAAUUGUGAUGAAUGGGUUAUGUAGUGGAAACUUGCUGCCAUUUAAUUAUGGUCAUGUACAAAUAAAAAGGUGAAUAAUUAUCAUGUACUCUUUAGGUAUGUUGUCUGUUGGGUCAUUUGCAUAAAUGAUUCAGCAGAAUACAACAGUAGUCACUUGGAUCAAGCAACCUAUAGCAAUUAGAAACUUUGUAGGGAUUAUAACCAUGUAAAUAUGUAAGAUACUAUGUAAAGCAGUCUGCAUCAUGUGAUCAGACUAUCCAAGGAAGCUGAAGAGAAGUCAGUAGUAGAGAUCCGAACAGGCCUUAAGAGCAGCUCUCGAUGAGCCCAGCCUUCUGAGCCUCGCAGGACUAUUAGUAGAAUACCAGAGAAAUAUAUUUUGCUAUUUUUAAUAUAAUGAUACGAGUACUGUAAAUAAGUAUACAUAUGACGAACACACACAUACGUUUGAGAUGAUCGCAGGGACAAAAACUCAGUAGAUCUAGUCUGGGGAAGGCGCCGAGUCGUGCAGUGACUCCCCGUGCCUUCCACGACUGGAGUUAGAUUUUUACAAAUACUACUCAACUACUUUCGCCACACUAGAAUGAAAAUAUCAGAGCUCGUUUGUGCUGGCUUGAUUAUAAGAUUAAGCUCAAAACUUCAGUAACAGAUUGUCUGGAGCUCAUGUCCUCACUAGUAACGCAAUGGCAUAAGUAAUUUUGAAGUAAAUAAUGCAUAUUCUUCUUCAUUUUAUUCUUUUUGUGAGUUACUCUGACGGGAUCUUCACAGUUAGUUGGUAGUGUAAAACAGCAAACUUGUGUAGUUUCAUUGGAACAACUAGAAAAUGAUCCAAGCUUCAUCCAUUUAGCAUGCUCAUGGCAUGCUUUCAUGGCUGAGUAUGUGGGCAGUUUUACCUCUGACCCCCAAAUCCCCAUCCCUCUUCUUGUAUAUCUUAUGAAAGAAUAAGGCAGAUAAUGUAGAAAAAAGAAUAUAGAAGCAUUAAAUUGCCUUUCCUGUUGCCUUUAUAUUUGAAUACUUAGCACUGAAUACUUUAAAAAUAUCAUAUAUAGUAAGUUCUUGUAUUCCAUUAACAUGUGUAGGCCACAUAUUUGUAACAUUAUGAUGUGUUAUCUAUUUGAUGUAUGCUGUUACAAGUGCAUGUAUUCUUGCUAGUUGUAGCAUAUUGAUAGUAAUCAGACAGCUCACAAUGUCUUGAUUUCCUUCAUUUGAUGAUUUACAGAUUUUCUAAUUUUAUGUAUUUAGAGCUUUGGGGCACAGGGUGGCCUUGCCAGAAUUUGUUAGUUAUUUCGAUGUGAGGCCACAAGUGUACUCUUCAAGUAUGGAGUAAAGUCGAUGUAAUUUUGUACAACAUUUCUCAAGAAGUUUUUUAGAAUUGUUAGUAGGUGUACUGGUUUAAAAUAUAUUAUUCAUCAAAACUGCAGUAGAAUAAACAUUGUUCUACGAAACUCUUAGAAGGUAUACAGCAGAAAAGAUCAAACCAUGACUAAAAGAUGCAUGAUUUAGUUUUCAAAUAAUCAGUUUUCGUUUAGGUUUUAAGAAAGUUGCUGUCUGCCUCUUUCUAGCUUAAAACUGGCCAACAAGAAAAAUAAAAUCAUUCAAAACUGUCAUUUCCUUUUUUCGUUUGUUAAUAUUACGUUAGGUUACUGAGUAGCGAUGGAGGAAUCUGUUGAAUCACAAUUCAGGUGUUUUCUAAAAUCAAGUUAUUAGAACAGUGAGAACAUGUUAUGUACAAGACAGAGUUCUAGUAACAGAGAUGGGAUGUGGUGCUGUCAUUAGAGUAACUGCUUUUGAGUACAGCUUUUUCUUGACCACGUAUAACAUUGUAGUACAUUCUGUUUGUUAUGUUCAACUGUUAUAGAGCAUAAAGUCCUGUACUAGAGCUUCAACUCUUUGAAUUAGGAUUUCAGAACUAGGAAACUUUGAAAACUGUUCUUAUGAUAAAUCCUGUGUGCCAUGGAUUGAUAUUAUCUGACUCGUUUUGAAUUUCAUUGCCAGGAUCUAAUAGUUCACUAGAGUGUGUAAGCUACCUAAGUGAGUAUGUCUUGUAGCCUGUUUUAAUGAUUAUUUUAUUUGUCCUAAUGGACAAAAGAGUAAUUUAGGAAGGAUUGGAUGAGACAUUUUUAACAAUCAUUACAUGAGUGUGUAGGACUGAGGUUGGAGGGGAUUGAGUGGACGUGAGGAAAAAAGGAAGCUGCUGCCCUUUUUUUUCCCUUCUGCAAAUGUUAGUCAGCUAUUUUCGCUAAGAGAAAAAACCACUAUAAACUCAGAAUAGCAGUCUUGCCUAAGUAAGUGCACUGUAGUAGUUUGCAAACUACUUUUAAUAAUUUAUGUGCUUGUGAGCAUUGGACCUUUCUUUUUAUUACAGAAUCAAGCAGUGAACGAAAUAACAGCCAAAAUUUGAAGAGUCAUUCAGAGAAACACAUGUUAAAUUUAAUCUAUCAUAACCUAGCAUUAUUCACCCAAAAUAUGUGUUUCUAUUACAACAGUUUAGUCCUGACAUGAGUCAGUGUUUUCUUUGCAUAAUUUUGAGUCAGUGUUUUCUUUGCAUAAUUUUGAGACUGUAAUCUGGCCUUCCUCUUCCAGUAGAUAAAUUUAAGAAAACAUUUGCUUCAAAAAUAAAUUAUUAUAAUUUAGUGUAAAAGAAGAAAUACACUUGAUGCUAUCACAGUAGGGUUCCUGACAAACCGAUCUGAGUUAUAUAGCCUCCGGGCUUAAUCGACCAGAUGAUAUUGAAAAUGAGCAUCCUUCCAGCCAAAUUCCACUGUAGCUUGAAUGGAAGUAAGUCUCACAGUUUCACUCAUCCAGAAACGUCGUAACAUUUAUUGUUGUUACGUCUUUGCAGUAGGUCUGGCACCUUACUGUUAACAGGGGACAUGAAUUCUGUACACUGUUCUGAAACAACAGGACUGUGGUCCACAGGUGUGACCUUGGUGGAUUCUUUAAUUACUUUUGCUAUUUGUUAGAAUCAUAAUAUUUAUCUGUGCUAAUCAACUUUUUCAUUCUUUAUGAUGUGUAGGUAUCUUCAAGUUUUGAAAAAUAAAAGUGGAAAACCAUAUAACACAUUUAGAGCUUUGGUUGUAGUUGCAUUUGUAUGACAAGCCUGAAAAGAAAUGUAGCUAUUAAUCUCAACUGUCUGUUGCAAAUGGUGGUAUCUUAUAUAACAACACCAUUUUUUUUGCUUGUCACGAUAUUACUUUUUCUCCCCAUUUGCGUGUUCUGUGUGGUUUGGCAUUUGACACGUACUUUGGCUGUGAUAUUUUUUUUCAAGAAACAUUUGAAAAUUAAUUUAAAUGUUUCCAUAUAGUAACAUUACACUUACUUGGAGUAAACACACAGAGAGUUAUGGAUCUUAGGCACAUCCUUGUGUAUCGUAGGACUGGAAGAUAGUAACAUGUGUGCAAACUGUCAUUUCAAACCAGUUUCACUGAGUGGUUAUAGAAGGCCGCCAAAUUACCAGAACUAAUGGCUUUGCUCUUAUCAAUUAACAUUAGAUAGAUAUUAGUGCAAUAAUGAUCACAGUGUUACAUGUAUUUGUCUUGAAACUAAACUUUCUGUGUAAAGUACACCCUGUUUUACAUCAUCUUAAAAUUUGAUGACAGCACUGUAAAUAUGUUGUGUUAUAGACUUUUAUAGCUAGAUGAUUUUUCAAAAGGAGAAUUUUUUUCUCUUUGGAGUUUGUAAAUAAAUUUCAGAUUUGUAUUGCUUUCAAAUGCAUAGUUAUCUUAUACUUUAUAUUAAGUGCAGUUUUGUUAAAUAAAUGUAUGAAAGAAAGUGCUGGCUACGAAAUGACUUGCUUGUAGUGUUUUCUGUGUUUAAUGUAAUGUAAUAUUCAUGCAGCAAUUAGAUUUGUGCAGCUUCUGUGUUUGUUUUAAGUUAUACAACCAAAUUAAAUCAAAUUAAAUAAUUAUGAAUCCACAUUGCUAGUCACAAAAAUAAAAUAUGAGGCUUAAGUUGUUUUGUGACCCUGCUGAUUAUCUGUCUCUUGUUAUGGUUUUGUGUAGUAACAGCAAAUGUAAAUGUGUUACAGAAAUAAAUGUGGUUUGUUAAUGGAAAAUA